AUGGCGGAGAUGGACCAGCUGUUAGACGAGAGCUCCUCUGCAGAGGCGCUCGUCAGUCUAAAGGAGGGUAGCUUAUCCAACUCGCUGAAUGAGAGAGCUCACAACACCCGUGGACGUCAGUCAUCUCUUACAAUGGACACACCAACUCGAAGUUCAAAAAGAAGCCGUUUGUUUCGAGAUGAAGAUGAACAGCCUCGUCUUCCUUCCCGAUCUCCUCGCAGAAGCCAGAGAGUUUCCACAACGCCACAGAAAUUUUCAAAUGUGACACCAGACAAGAAAACAUCACAAAAAAUUGGCCUGAGAUUGAGAAAUCUGCUCAAGCUCCCCAAAGCUCACAAAUGGUGCAUCUAUGAAUGGUUUUAUUCCAAUAUUGACCGACCCCUGUUUGAAGGAGACAAUGAAUUUUGCCUUUGUCUCAAAGAAUCCUUCCCAAAUCUCAAAACGAGAAAAUUAUGCCGGGUUGAAUGGGGAACAAUCAGACGACUAAUGGGAAAACCUCGCCGGUGCUCCUCUGCAUUUUUUGCUGAAGAACGAACCGCUUUAAGGCAGAAAAGACAAAAGAUAAGAUUACUGCAACAAAGCAAACUAACAGAUAUCUCUAACUGCAAAGACCUCCCAGAUGAAAUUCCCUUGCCACUAAUUAUUGGAACCAAAGUUACAGCACGUCUACGUGGGGUCCAUGACGGUUUGUUCACGGGGCAGAUUGAUGCAGUAGACACAAGUGCUGCUACGUAUCGUGUUACUUUUGACCGCAGUGGUCUGGGAACUCACACUGUGCCCGACUACGAAGUUCUGAGUAAUGAUCCCAAUGAGACCAUGCCCAUUUCAGCUUUUGCUCAAAAGCACAGGUCAAAUCGCUUCUUUCACAACAUCAUGACUCCUCCCAGAGGCCCAUAUCCACCUGCAACCACUCCAGUUCUUAUGGACAAUGAUGCUCUUCUGGACCAGUCUCCCUGGAAAAGCAAACUUACUGGUGCUGAAGGAGAAACCCUUGGAGGGUUUCCUGUCAAGUUUUUGGUCCAAGUGACAAGGCUUUCUAAGAUCUUGAUGAUCAAAAAGGAACACAUCAAGCACUUGAAAGAAAUGAACACUGAAGCAGAGAAACAGAAAUCCUACUCUUUGCCCAUUGACCUGGACUUCCAGAAGCGUUAUGCUACUACUGUGCUCGAGCUUGAACAGCUCAAUAAAGACCUUAACAAAGUAUUACAGGAAGUGCAGCAGUUCUGUUGUGAGCUUUCUCCAGACCAGGGCUUGGUGCCUGCCGACCAUCCUACAGAGCUGCGGCAGCGCUGUGAGGAGGAGGCCCAGCAAAUGGUGCAGCUCAGCAACUCGUUACAGGAUGGACAGCAGUGGGUGUCCAACUCUAGCCUCACACAACUAAUUUCUCGACUCACUGCUCUCCUGCUACAGAUAAAGUGUCUCGCAGACGGUGGGGACUUGAAUGCAUUUGAGUUCAAAUCUCUAACCGACUCUCUUAACGACAUAAAGGCAUCUAUUGAUCCCUCAAACAUCAGUUGUUUCCAGAAUAAUGUUGAGAUCCAUGUGGCUCACAUCCAGAGUGGACUUAGUCAACUGGGUAAUCUACAUGCGUUUGCUGCAAACAACACAAAUGCAGUCUGA